AAUAAGACAAGAACAUGUAAAUGAGCUAUUAAGAUGGCUAUUUAUCGUCCGCGAGGUACUCUAGCCCGAGUUAUUCAUGCUAAGUUUCACAAUGACAACUCCCUGGACAGCAUAGACACCCGAAGGUGGUACUCAUUGGCUCACGCGUUGCCUCCCAGGUUUCAGUCGAAAUUUGUGGCCCUUGAGCAACCGGAUAGCACCACAGUGCACUGGCUGGAACGAACCAAAUUACUGUCGGCUAACAUAUGGUUGCAUUUAUGGCACGCAUUAGCCCGGUCAAUUCUCCAGUUUUUCAUGACUCAAACCGAUAUCAAUGGCUUUCUAAAGCGUGGCUCAAUGUUUAUUCUAUCAGAGGAUCAAUUCAACAAGUUGCUUGUAGCUGGAGGAUUUUCCGCAACAUCGGAGCCGGUUACGCUUUUGGAUAUUGGUGCCGGCGACGGCGAAAUCUCAUUACGAGUGGCCAACACGGUGGCUGAACUAAGUGGAAAUGCUAGCCUCAGAGUGUUUGCCACGGAAGCUAGCUGGACCAUGCGAGAUAGACUGAAGAAACUCAAUUUCAAUGUGAUUACGGAGAUUGGAGGCUUGCAAAACAUGGAGCUGAUAUUAUGCCUCAACGUACUAGAUAGAUGUUUUGACCCAUUCAAACUUUUGGAAGAUAUUCACAAUACACUCGCACCAGCGGGUCGAGCGGUCAUAGCCUUAGUGCUUCCAUAUAUGCAUUAUGUUGAGACAAAUUCCUCGCAUCUGCCUAUUCGUUCACUCCUAGAAAGCAGUAACAACGGACGACCAGCGUCUUUCGAAGAAGAGGCCACAAAAUUUAUGGACCUGCUGGAAAACUGUGGUUUCAAAGUAGAGUCCUGGACGAAAGCUCCAUAUCUUUGCGAAGGAGAUCUUCAUCAGUCAUUUUAUUGGCUGAUUGAUCUAAUUGUUGUAAUUUCAAAGAAGGCAUCUUAGACCGGUAUCGUCUCCAAUAUUUAAGUUUUCCAAACUACAAAAUUCAGUUAAAACGCGACGUACGACCGCGAGUACGAAAAAUUAAGCUUGAAUUCCUAGUUCUUUCUAAAAUAUGUUAAUGGCCACGUUGCUAAGCUGAGCAUUUAUACUUAAUACAUUUAUAGGCUAUAGUUUAGGUAUCAAAUUAUAUUUGUCUAAUAAAUUACCAAUAAUGUAA